AUGUGCGCGCAUUCUGCGAAACUGCAGGGACGCACCAUCGCUAACGACGUCCAGCCCAUGCUAGGCCUUUAUUCCGAAGACCAAGUCACAAGCGAAACCACAACCUUCGAAAACGGAAUAGAUUCCAGCAAGUGGAUCGUCGACACCAGAGGCUAUGGCGGCUCCAACGACAACCCUUACUUGCGGCAGAUGGACCCGAAAAACGUCGAAGUUGCAGACGGCGCCCUAAAGCUCAAGGUCCCCGGCGGCCAAACAUACGACCCUAAAAGCACCGUGGGUCUGAGUUCCGCCCAGAUAAUGAGCACCAAGAAAAUAUCCGUCGGCUCGCUCGAAAUGACAGUCAAGAUGAGUGGAGAGGCUGGCACGUGUCAAUGCGGUUUCCUCUACGGCAGCGACAACAACGAAGUCGACAUGGAAUAUUUGACCCGCACCAACGUCAACUGGGCAGUCGUCCAGGGCAUGUCAAAAGACCAACCGAUCCAGCAGGUCAAUUUAAACGUCACCACAGACCAGACGGAUGACUCUCACACGUACAAACUCGUCCGGACGGAGUCCAAAGCGUAUUUCUUGAUGGACGGCAAGCUCGUCAACACGUUUGAUAAGAACAUCCCCACGGAGCCGGUGCAGUUGAUGAUUGCGCAUUGGUAA